GACACAUCUUUGCUUUCUUCCUCCUUUUCUCCCCCUCCUCCACACACCAGCCCCUCGCACACCUUCAAACAGCCCAACUGCUCCAUUUCUGUUUGUUCAAGUUGUCUUCCUGAUGGUCUUUGAAUGUGCACCUGCCCUACUGCCCCUGUUGUGCCAUUGACUGCAUGUAAGGAGGAAGGACAGAUCUGGCCUUGGGCGUCUUUAUUUCUUCCGUCUAAGGAAAUCAAGAAAGGGGCAUCUCCAAACAAUAACAAGUUGAACAACCACAUGCAUUUCUGGAGCCAUUUUCUGGAGCCAUUUUCUAAGAAUGAAACCUUUUCUGGAAGAGUGAAAUAACAGACUUGGAUACAUGCCAUUGUGACCACCUUGCAUCCUCUAUAUUCCAAUAUGAUGAAUUCCAUAAAGUGUGUGCUGGUGGGCGAUGCUGCUGUCGGAAAGACAGCCCUUCUUGUACGCUUCACGUCAGAGGCAUUCCCUGACGCAUACAGACCCACAGUCUAUGAAAAUACAGGAGUGGAUGUCUAUAUGGAUGGUGUACAGAUCAAUCUUGGGCUAUGGGACACAGCAGGGAAUGAUGCUUUCAGAAGCAUACGUCCUCUCUCCUUUCAGAAUGCAGACAUUGUGUUACUGUGUUUUUCGGUGGCUAACCACACCUCAUUUUUAAAUGUGAGGAAUAAGUGGAUUGGAGAAGUAAGACAGCACUUGCCUCGUAUUCCUGUGCUUGUGGUGGCAACUCAGACUGACCAGAGGGAACUGGAUCACAUGCGACUUCCUUGUAUUAACUCUAUAGAUGGCAAACAACUAGCCCAGCAUGUUCGAGCCAAAGGAUACUUAGAGUGUUCAUCGCUCAGCAACAGAGGAGUUCAGCAGGUAUUUGAGUGUGCAGUUAGGACAGCCAUUAACCAGGCGAAGAAGAGGGCCAGGCGGCACCGUUUUCUUUCCCAAGAAUGCAAAAUCUUUUGAACUGCACUGCUAUAUAUUACCACUCCUAUAGGUAGGACAUGUUAAACUUUGUGCAAAGGGGUAACCACCCAUCAACUAAUUCAUGUGACAUACUUUACUGUAGUUUUAUGCACACAAACUGACAUUAGAGAAAACAUUACCCAAAGGAUAUUUCCAAAUAACUUAUUUGAGAAAGUGAUAUUUUUACUAUUUAAAAUUUUCUGUAAUCCCCCUGUAUGAAAAAUGAACAGGUGUCCAUUGUUGGUUCUUCCUUAUUAAACCUCUGUAAAGGUCACAACGGACAAGGCCCAUAGAAAAGGAGGGUACAACAAGCUGCUCCUACUCUAAAAUUGUUCUAUUGAGCUGCAGUGAUACCACAGUAAAUCAUCCUAGGGUGACAUAAAAAUAUAUAUAUAUAUAUAUGUCCAGAUACUUUCUACAGAACAGAGCAGUGCUUUAAAGGAUAAGUAAAAAAAUAAUUGAAUGUAAAAUUGAUGAGGGGUCGAUUCUAAGCUCUAUUCUAAUUUACAUUAUUAUUUUUUUUAAUUUAAGAUAUUAAAGGUUACUGAAUUUUGUUAAAGUGGUGCCACCUGCU